AUGACAACGAGCCGAUCAACUGCAUUGAAUAGCCUCAGAAUGGGAGGUAAUAUCGCCCGCUCCGUCCCGCAUGCUGACCAUGGUUGUCGCAACACAGAAGUGAUUCGUGAAAAGGUCCAAGAUGGCCUCACCGGCGAGACAAAGGAGAUGCAAUACACCCAAUGCAAGAUUGUGGGCAAUGGAAGUUUCGGCGUUGUCUUCCAGACCAAAUUAUCGCCAUCGGGCGAAGAUGCUGCCAUCAAACGGGUACUACAAGAUAAGCGAUUCAAGAACCGAGAGCUUCAGAUAAUGCGCAUUGUCCGCCAUCCCAACAUCGUGGAGCUCAAGGCAUUCUACUAUUCGAACGGUGAUAGGAAAGACGAAGUAUACCUCAAUCUCGUCCUCGAGUAUGUUCCGGAGACCGUCUACCGCGCAUCGCGACACUUCAACAAGUUGAAGACCACCAUGCCCAUUCUUGAAGUCAAGUUAUACAUCUAUCAGCUUUUCCGCUCCCUCGCCUACAUCCAUUCUCAAGGCAUUUGUCACCGAGACAUCAAACCGCAAAAUCUCCUCCUCGAUCCAUCUUCGGGCAUCUUGAAGCUCUGCGAUUUCGGUAGUGCGAAGAUCCUGGUGGAGAACGAGCCCAAUGUCUCGUACAUAUGCUCACGGUACUAUCGUGCGCCCGAACUCAUCUUCGGCGCCACAAAUUACACCACCAAGAUUGACGUAUGGUCGACUGGCUGUGUGAUGGCGGAGCUCAUGUUGGGCCAGCCUCUCUUUCCCGGCGAGUCGGGAAUUGAUCAGCUGGUGGAGAUCAUCAAGGUUUUGGGUACUCCAACACGCGAUCAGAUUCGCACCAUGAACCCCAACUAUAUGGAGCACAAAUUUCCGCAAAUCAAGCCACACCCUUUCAGCAAGGUCUUUCGUAAGGCGGAUCCCAACGCAAUCGACCUGAUUGCGAGGCUGUUGGAGUACACCCCGACUCAGCGAUUGUCGGCGAUCGACGCGAUGGUACACCCAUUCUUUGACGAGCUACGUGACCCAGCAACGCGCUUCCCCGAUUCACGUCAUGCUGGUGCUCCGAGCAAGGACCUACCGACACUGUUCGAUUUCAACCACCAUGAACUCUCGAUCGCACCGCAUCUCAACCACCAAUUGGUUCCAGCGCAUAUGAAACCCGUCCUUGCCGCCAAGGGUUUAGACAUUGACAACCUCACACCUCUACCAAAAGAUCAAAUGAUCGCUCGACUCGAUUGA